UUUUUUCUCUAAAUUUGAAUUUUUAAAAUUGGUUCUUAUUUAACCGCUUGAAUUUCAUGCGUUUUUUAUGAUAAUAUAAUUGUAUUAAACUUGAUCAGAAAUGGAUUAAGAAUGGCGGGAAUGAAGAAAAAGGCGAUUUCUAGGAAGGAUGUUCCAUCCAGUUUAUAAAUCUUUAUUGGGUUGCGCGGAUUUGUUUGUUGAUUCAAGGGCUUCCUCUAUUUUCACGCCCAUUUCCGUUGUCGAUUCUUGCGGAUCCUUUUGGCUCAGGUUUUUCUCUGACACUUACGCUCCUUCUGUUCUUUUCUUUCCUUCGAAACCCUGCGCAAUUCUUCGUUGUUCUAUCGAUAUUACUCUUGAUCGUCUGAGUUCUUUGAUUCUUAAGGGAGGAAUUGUGAUCAUUCUAAGCUGCUUUAGAAUCAUCAUCCUUGACACACAACCAUCACCUGAAUUCUGCAUUUGCCUUUCUAGAAAUGUCACAUUUUAGGAAAUCCCCCAUAAGUGUUUUAAGGCAUGCCUCAGCUCCUUCCAGUCCAAACCCAAUUGACUCCAAUGAUAAUUUAGACAAGAACCACAAACACAACUCCUCAGGAAUCCCUUCAUCUCAUAAUGCACCAAAUCCCAGCUCGAAUCCUUUCGACGAUCAUCUCGAGGAAGAGACCGAUUCUUCUUCUUCAUAUUCUUCAUCUUCAAGUACAUAUCUAUGGUCAUCAAGAAACAGAUACAAAAAUGAUUUCCCGGACUCAGGUGGGCUUGAGAAUCAGACAGUGGAGGAGUUGGAGAAUUAUGCUGCAUACAAAGCUGAGGAGACAACAAAAUCAGUGAACAAUUGCCUGAAGAUUGCUGAGGACAUGAAAAAAGAUGCAACCAGAACCAUGGUUGCCCUGCAUCACCAGGGUGAGCAGAUCACUCGCACCCAUGUGGUUGCUACUGAUAUUAACAAUGAUCUUAGUCGGGGGGAGAAACUUCUAGGUGGCUUAGGAGGAAUAUUCUCUAAGACAUGGAAGCCAAGGAAUGUUCGUCAGAUAACAGGCCCUGUUAUCUUUCAAGGCGAUCAGGCUGCCAUAAGCAAGAGCAACCAUUUGGAGCAAAGGGAGCAGUUGGGACUAAGCCGGGCACCCAACCCACGGCCCUCACGAGCCCCACAGCCUGAGCCAACCAACCCACUUGAGAAAGUAGAGGUGGAAAAGGUGAAACAAGAGGACGCUCUUUCAGAUUUGAGCAAUAUAUUGGGAGAGCUUAAAGAAAUGGCUGUUGAUAUGGGACAUGAACUAAACAGGCAAAAUAAAGCUUUGGAUCAUCUGUAUGAUGAUACUGAUGGCAUAACCGUCCGUGUCGAUAAUGCUAACCGACGUGCUCAUCGCUUGCUUAGAAAGUAGACUGCGAAUUUGCUAGGUCCCGUCUCGUCGCCUUCGACAAAUAUGAUGGUAGAUGGCUUCUCAGUCUCUUCCUCUGUUUCUUCAUCCAAACUAAAA